GGUCAACGCAAACGGCUAGUUUUUAAAUGGAAAAUCAUACAAAUAUUUUUGUUUUCGUGUUUAAUGUAAAUAAAUAGAGAUUUUAAGAAAUUAUAACUUAUUUUCAAACUAUACUCGAUUUAUACAAUGGAAAACAAACCUAGGUUGGAACCAGUAAGAUUGGCAGACUGGGCGCACAAUUCUGCAUUCUUUGCGAAAGACAUCCAACUAAUGUCGGAGACUAAGCGCUCUAAGCAGUUAGAAACUGAAUCAAAUGCAAAAGUCAGAUUAAAUCCUAUUCCUCCUUCUCAAUUAAAUUUAAGUUUUCAAGCAUUGAAACCUAAAUGCAUUGGACAGACAUCGGUACAACCAGUAACCUCAAUAAAGAAAAAUAACUGGAAUUCCUCUGUUAAAAUAGUUAGUAAAGAAGAAAGAAUGACAGAUAUAAAAUCCAAUAUAAGAAAAACUCUAAACUUCAAUUCUCAGGCUAAGACAACCAAUACUAGGAAAACUCUUAUUGAAAAAGCAACACCACAAAUACAUAUGUUCAAAACCUUAAAAGUCAAGAAAGAAGGAUCAGAUUUAAAUAAUGAAAUUAAGUUUAGUGGGAAAAAAAGAAUUCCCGUCACACCUAAGAGUAAAGAAAUAGAACCAAAAAAGUUAAAAAUAAACACACCUAAGAGCAUUCUUCGAAAUUUUUUAAUUAAAAAUACACCUCUCUCAACUGCAUCUCGAAAAUCUUGUGAUGGUGAUGCCACAUUUCUUUGUAUUGAAAAGGAAGUUGAUGACAUGGGGCAGGAAAAGGAAAUAGAAAAUGACCUUGAUAUAAAUGCUCCAUUACCAUCAUCUACACCUUUUAAGACUUCAAAUGUUUCAGAGUACUUUCCAAUAUCUGAUGCUGACUCUCUUCAGAAGGACAAAACAAUUCUAGACUUUAGUAAUGUGAGUGAAAAUGAGAACCCGGUUGUGGCUCUAUGUGAUGCAUUUAAGAAGGCACUCAUUUCACAUACCUGUCAAAAAACAGACUUGAAACUAGAACGAGGAUCCCUAAUAAGUGUCAUAGAGGUUGCUUUGAAACAUUUACAAGAAAUAGAAGAAUCUGAAAAAGAAAAUACAAGUAAUAAUAAUAGAAAACAAUUACUGGGUGUCAGUUUAAAAGAUUUUUGUAGGACAAAACCACCAACAUUUAAAAUACAAAAAAAAAUUGUAUUCCAAAUUUCCCCAAAAAAAUGCCAUGUUUCUCCAAAAGUAAAUAAAGUAGAUGCUAUUAACGUUUAUAUGGGUCUAAAAAGAAAUUUAAAUUUUUUGAACACACCAAAGAUAGAUAAGACACAAAAUAAUGAAACUGACACUCCCAUUAGAAUGAAGAAGAACCUACAAUCCCAAAUAAAUAGAUUGUACAAUGACAGUGAGUCAUAAUGCUAUUCAGAUACACAAACAUCUAAUAGAGUGAAAUUAAUUAGAAAGUUAUGGAUUGUACAGUCAAGUUUUAUUUUUUAGAAGACUUCAGUAUAAAUACUGCAAUAUAGUAAAGGUCAAAAUGAAUUCUACCUAUAUAACAUUUAUCUCCAUUUAUGCAAAGUCUUAGGUUAUUAUAUUCAAAUUUAUCAGAAUCAGUUUCAAGAAAAAAAUAGCUAAACCCUUAUAAUUUUAUUUUAUUUUGAAGACUACCAUGUUUAAAGAAAUCUUUUCAAGUACACUAUCAUGAAAUUAGCAAAUACCAUGCAUCACCCUAGAUGAAGAAAAAAAAAUGCUAUCCUAUCAUAUGAUUUGUUAUCGGUGCUUUAAACCUUAAUAGCAAUUUUUGUAUUUAAUUCAUGCUUCAUGUAAAGAUAUGUCUAUUGAAAAUAAUCAAAUACUGCACAGAAAUUGUAAUAAAACUUAUA